UCGACGAAUACCUGCAGUAGAAAAUAUUUUCCCCUUGAUUUCAUUUUCAAAAAGUAGGAAUUAUUUUGUAUUUAUAAAGGUUAUUGAGAUUUCGCAGCUGUUGCGAAAAAUACGGUGAUUAUGUUUUGAAAAGCGACUGCUUCAUUGCUGUUCUUAAGACUCAAGACAACGAUGGAGUAUACAGCACAGCAUUUGGAAUAUGCUGUCUCAGUAUUCUAUAAUGGAGAGCAAGCAGACCGAGCUAAAGCUCACGCGUGGCUCACAGCUGCCCAGAGGGUUCCUGAAGCAUGGAACUUCGUGUGGGAAUUACUUCAACCCACCAAGGGAACCGAAGUUCAAUUUUAUGGUGCCACGACUCUUCAUACUAAGAUCCUUCGAUGCUGGAGUGAAGUGCCACCAGAGAGCCACGACGAACUAAAAGAAAAGAUAUUGCAAGCCGUCUUUGCAUAUUCAAAAGGACCUAAAAUUGUUACAAACCGACUAUGUAUCAGUUUAGCAGCAUUCAUUCUGCAGCAAGGCACAACAGACUUGGCCACGAUAUUAAGGCCCUUGGCGAGUGCAGAGAGCACAUCUUUGCUUCUAGAAGUACUUACUGUGAUACCAGAAGAAUAUAAUAGCAUGACAAUGGGAUCAGCCCUGAGAGCUAAAAAUCGUGCAGCGCUGCAGCAAGCUUGCCCAGCUGUUCUAGAUGACAUGCUAAGAUACUUGCAAACUGUUUACAAUGACUACAGCAAAGAACCACCGUCCGAUGAGAUUAUCCAGUCCUGGCAGAACGCAGCGACGUGCGCUUGUAGUUGGUUGACGCUCGGCGGCGAGGACUCGCUCGAGAGAGGACCGGGAUCCCUCGCGGAUCGCAUGCCCUUGUGCCGCGCGCUGUUGACUGUUGUUCAUCUGUUAUAUUCCAUCAACGAGUGCGUGAGUGACGUGGCGCUUGACGCGUGCGAAGCGUGCCUAGCGGCGGUCCGCGCGGCGGGUGGCUCGCACGACGCGGCGCGUUUCCCGCACACGGCGUUAGAACUUAUCGCUGAGCUGGCAAGCCUCGCCGCGCCCGUGAUACAGCGGGAUAACGUGCCCAACUCUAUUAACGAGGCGAGUGUUAGCGACGUGACUACUAAAGGACGUGAGAGACAAGUGUGUGCUUGA